AUUGAGCAACAACUUCAAAAACCAAACCUUCCAGCUUCAGAAGUCUCUCUCAUUCCUCCUCAGCUCUUACAAUGGCGCUUCGAAGAACAAUAUCAAAGCGCCUCUUCAAUAAAACACCCAUAAAUUUUCCUCCCGCCCCUGCUAUACAUCAAAAUGCAGCAAAAACAAACUUCAAACGCGAGCUCAUCACUUCCCCUGACUCUGCCACCGAUGACAGAGGCUUUUUUCGUCGCUUCCUGCAACGACGUUCGAUAAAUCAGACCUCGGCCAAGCUUCCGGAGUUUCUCUCCAUGCCUGUUGGUGAUAAGCUGAGGGAAAAGCUCUGGCCUAUUCAUUUUGUUUCUUCAGAAAAUCAAAUUCGGUUUGAUCCGCCAGAGAGUGUCAGCGGGAUAUCUGUGCACGAGGCCAGGAAGAUUCUGCGGUCCGCAAGAUUGGAGAAGCUCAGAUCAACACUCAAGCAAAUUCCAGCGAACUCGGUUGAGUAUUCUCAGUUUGUUAAAAUCUGUAGUGAUGUGUGUGAAAAUGACGAACAAGGUGUAGAGUGUGCUAAAAUGUUGGAUCAGGCUGGAAAUGUCAUCGUUUUGGGCAAUAUCGUGUUUCUCCACCCUGAUCAGGUGGCAAGAUCAAUGGAGAAGCUGAUUUAUGAAACAAUAGCAACCCCGAACGACUCCAGAAAAGAACAACUCGAACAAAUGGAGAAGCAAAAAGCAGUGAUAGAUAGAAAAGCCAAGUCGAUGGUGAGAGCAGAGCUGUAUGGUGGGCUGGGCUUCAUGCUUGUGCAAACAGUGGGGUUUAUGAGGCUAACUUUCUGGGAACUAAGCUGGGACGUGAUGGAGCCCAUUUGCUUCUUUGUCACGUCUCUCCAUUUUGCCCUGGCUUAUUCUUUUUUCCUGAGGACAUCAACAGAACCCACAUUUGAAGGUUUUUACCAACGUAGGUUCAAGGCCAAGCAAGAAAAGCUCAUGAAAAUUCACAACUUCGAUGUCGAAAAAUACAACCAGCUGUGCCAAGCCUUUUACCCCAACUCGAAUGUGAGAUCGAAGUUUGGAGAUUUUGGGAAGUAUUGUUUCUAAUAACGCCACAGCCACUGUAUAAAGGGUUCGUAUCCCAGAUAAGCAGGGCAUCGAAAGACGAUUGUAUAAUGUUAGAAUUAAGACGAAAGAAUUGAGAAAAAUGGUUUAAAGUGUAGAGUAGUCGCUAGAAGGUUUACAUAAUGGAGUCCAUGGUGAUGCCUAGUUUGCCAUCCACUGUUUUUAAUUUGCUUGGCCAAAACUAGAGUAAAUUACAGAUUGUGUACCUGUACUUUGCCACAUAUCCGAUAUGUGUACCUGUAGUUUCGAUAUAUCAAAUUGUGUACACCAAGUUUGAAAAA